GGGACGCUGAAAAAGUUUAUGGAUUACGUGCAGGCGAAGAACGCUGAAAAGGUCGAGAAACUCUGCACGCAAGGCUUGGACGCUAAUUUUCACGAUGCUCAGGGAGAGACGCCACUGACACUGGCUGCUGGCAUUCCAUCAAAUCGCGCCGUACUCGUUGCCCUUGUUGGUGGCGGCGCACACAUCGACUUCCGUAACUCCGAGGGUCAAGGAGAGACGCCAUUGACACUGGCUGCUGGCAUUCCUUCAAAUCGCGCCGUACUCGUUGCCCUUGUUGGUGGCGGCGCACACAUCGACUUCCGCAACUCCGAGGGUCAAGUUCGUAUCUACUUACCACACCUAUUAGGUUAA